AUGAUCAAGUCCAUCCACUGGGAGAUCUCGGAGCCACUGGAAGGAAACCCGUACAAAGAGCACUUUAGUAACGGCAUCUUCGCGCAUUCGUUUCUGAGUCCCGCGGAGUAUCAUUGUCAGCAUGCACCGGUUGGUGGUGUGGUGUUGGAGGCGAGGGUUAUUCUGGGACGGGUGUAUCUUGAACUUAUCCGGAAGACGACGGAGGUUAGGACGCUGAGUUUGGUGCCGCAAAGGAAACCGCAUAGCCCGCACAACGACAGCCACAUCCGCCUUCACCCCGAUACUCACGAGGAAGGCUACAAAUUGCACUCCAUCUCCACAGGCCCUUCUGAAGUGACCUUCGACGCACCAGACAGCCCAGGCUACCAGUUGUAUCAAGCGGGUGGCCUGAUCGUGCUCUAUAAUGCCAUUGGUCUCGUGGCCGUCCUGCCACUGGGUAUGGCGCAGGUUUCGUCGCUUAUCUUAACGGCGGAAGUUGUGACCACAUUGAGGAAGUAG